AUCGUUCUCUUGUGUUUACUAGUGAUGCCACCCUUGCGGCCUGGCAUUUGUAGCGCCAGGAGUCCCUCUCUCGCAGUAGAUUGAGCAUUUGAGAUGGAUGUAGUAUAGAAGGAGAAAAAUAAAGCAAACGCCAUUUCAUUCCUCGGAGCAGGUGGAUGGUUAUUGCUUUUCACAAAGGAGCAGGUGACUCUUGUUUGAAAGAUAAACACCUGGUUGGUGAAGGAGAGAAAAAGACGGUUAUCUGUAUUGAGGGGAAUAUUGCAAGUGGAAAAACAACAUGCCUGGAUUAUUUUGCCAAAACUACCAGUAUUGAGGUUUUGACGGAACCUGUGCUUAAGUGGAGGAAUGUACAUGGUCACAAUCUUCUGGGCUUAAUGUAUCAAGAUCCAUCACGGUGGGGGAUAACGUUGCAGACAUACAUUCAGCUUACUAUGUUGGAUCAGCAUACCAGACCAAUGAUUUCCCCAGUAAGAAUGAUGGAGAGGUCAAUUCACAGCGCAAAACACAUUUUUGUAGAAAACUUAUAUCGAAGUGGGAGAAUGCCAGAAGUGGAUUACAUAGUGCUAACUGAAUGGUUUGAAUGGAUCACGAAGAACACUGAUGUUUCAGUUGAUUUGAUAGUUUAUCUACAGACUUCUCCUGAAACUUGUUAUGAGAGAUUAAAGAAUAGAUGCAGAAAAGAGGAAAAGAUCAUUGCUAUGGAAUAUUUAGAAGCUAUCCAUCAACUCUAUGAGGAGUGGCUCAUUAAACAAACACUGUGUAAAGUUCCUUCUCCAGUACUUGUGAUUCAGGCGGACAAUGACAUGCAGAAAAUGAUAGAAAAGUAUGAAGAAAAUCGGGACCAAAUAUUAACCCCAUCUAAGAUGCAACACUGUCUGUAGAAAUCCAGUUUUAUGGCCAUGCUUUUAAAAUACAUGUGUCCGUUAGGGAAAUUCUGAUCAACAUUCCCAACCUUUUUAUCAUGUGCUCUUUUGAGAUUUUUGUCUUGUAAAGUGUCAGUGACUUUUGCUAGGAAAAGGCCACAAACAGACUAUAUUCUGUUUACUUUCAUCUUUUUGCACUUUCAGAUUCCAUUGAAGCUUUACUGAUCUCAGACUAUCACUGACAGGAAGCUGCUAUAUCUCAUUUCCCUGCUUCACUUCUGCAUUAUAUAAAUACCUUUCUGAUACUGCA